AUGAAUUUAUGGCAGUGGUACGCUAUAUUGAAUACUGACAUUGAAGCAGAUGUCGAAGUGUUAGUUGAUCAACACGAUAAGCUAGUUAAACUAUCGACAUCACCAACAAAACAAUUAUUAGAUGAGAACUUGUGUCAAUGUCACAACAAUGGAAUAUGUUGGAAUAAUGAGAUAAAUAAAGGAUGGAGAAGAGAAGAUCGUCUUGAAAGUACGCUUGGUGGAUGUAUUUGUUUACCCGGUUAUACUGGAUUAUUCUGCGAAAUAAUUCAACGACAACCACAACCUCAGACGGCGAAAGCAAGAAAUAGUUUAUCGCCAUUUCCUCAAAAUCAACAUCGCGUUGAAGUGGAUGUUUUUUAUAACUCACCAGAUUCAAGCAAUUUAACACCAACAACCAAUCGUAACUAUCCAUCAUCAACACAUUUUUACGAACAAGUUAUUUAG